AUGGCCACCAUGGUCAAAAAUCUUCAUAUCGCAGGCCGGAAUUAUCUUCCAGGACAAAGUCGUGAUACGUCGCCUCCGCUCGAUUCUGCGAGCACCCAUCUGCACACCCUUUUCGUCGACUCCACCUCCGACCUUUCCGUCCAAUUCGAUACACUCUUCGCUGCUGGUGGCUCAAGUGGCGCCGAUGUGCCAGAGGAUACAUCCGGACCCUUGUCAUUCCCUUUGUUGCGUAAUCUCCGACUUUGGCUUAACUUCGGUCUCGACGAGUCGGUCCUUGACUUCCUCAAAUCACACAAUAGGGCCCUCCGUUGCCUCCGUCUCUAUUCCGAACGUUACAGGAAAGAACAGCUCGCCUUUGAGUCUGAUAUGGCCAAGAACUAUACCAUCCCUCCCCUGAUACUUUGCACGUACACCGAAUGCUCUCCUUUCCUGGUAUCCGCACUCGUCCCCGGCUCACAAAUCGAACACGUGAAGCUGUAUUGGCCGAUCGUUGGCAAAGUCGAUAAGGUCGCACACGAAGUCGUACAGUCUCUGGCUCACUCACAAAGACAAGUAAAGACAGUCGUAUACUCUUCCUGCUCGUGGAAUAUCGACUUCAUGCGAGGGGCAGCGCAUCAUCUCCCCUCCCUCCAAUUGCUCUACAUCAAGAAUGUCACUCUCUUGGAAGUGAUACCGGAGAUUCUUCGUAGCUUCAGUCAUCUCAAAGUGCUCAUCCUACGGUGGAAUUGUCCUAAGGACGUACAGGACAGUGGUCGCAAGUUUCUGGAUGACUUCGAAACUGUGCGAGAAUGGGCAAAACUUUGCCCGUCUCUUCUCUACGUGAUCUUUCCGUACACAAUGACACGCUGGAUCCGCUUCCCAAACCCAGAAUAUGACUUCUUCGUUCCUGACACCAACUUCAGAUACUAUAGGAAUCAUGAGUAUUCAUACGGGACUCGUGAUUCGGGCUCAGACACGGAUUCGGAUGCGGACUCAGAUUCGGAUGUUGAUUCGGAUGAGGACACAACGGACGCACGAUGGAUGCGCGAGGUUUUUCAGCGAGGACCAGAGGGCGAAAGGCUCAUGUCUUCAUACUUUAGGCAGGUCAGGGAUUUUGACAGGCUUAACGGACAAGGUGAGGAUGUCGUUAGCAGUGUGAGCGGGCUGUUAGACAGUGCGAACAUCAGUCUGGUUCAUCGGAAGAAGUGAUCCGGC